UUAUGUCAAUACUAGUACCGAAAUCUAUGACAUCAUACAAAGAAUUGAAGUCUAGACACGUUCUACUUAUAGGUUCACCCAUAGAGUAAUUAGUUCGGUGAAACUCAAUAUUUAAAAACUGACAAUACCUACUUAAUCUAAAUGGGAUAUUAAUUCUGAAAGAGGAAAUAAGAGAGUCCGAAGGCACGUUACCAUUUAAGAUUCUAUACGCCAUUAUGGUAUUGAACAUAAUAGUCUACUUUUUAAUGUAGGUAAUCGAAUUAAUUUUAGUCUGCUAGUAUAGGGCGGUAAUGCAAAGCCCCUGUUCCAAUGAAAAUCCCUCAGCGCAAAAAGCAGAAAUUGUUUUUGCACCGAUUCAAUUUUAUAGGAGUAGAUGGCAUAAUUAGGAUCUCAUACGACUGAAGCAUAUUCUAAUAUAGGCAGAACAAGUGAUACAAACAAUUGCUUGGUAACAUACGGAUCAAAAUCCCAACCUCAGUACGGAGAGUCGGCUCAAGCACGGAUGGGGGAGGCCUGGUCGUCAAAGUAUCUAUUGAUACAGCUGGCCAGGACUACCUUCAGGCUCGUGCGGGAAAGCUGCACUUUGGCACAGGAUGAAUUCGAUUCCGUCUAACGCCGAUGUCGAAGUAAGAGGAAGAAAGCCGCAGCUGCUCAACGUUGUGCAGAUUAAUCUGCAUCUGCAGGCUGCUGCAGCUGAACUUCUCUUGUCCCUCACCAAGUUUGAAGUCCAGGAACCUUAUAUAGUCAAAAAUAGAGUGACUGAGCUAGGAGUGAGCGUUUCAUAACCUAUGCUACCUCCAAUGGAGAUAAGCGGAGGAGACACCACGGCGGUUAGGAUGGAAGCACGAGCCGGAAGGGUACUCUUUGUUGGCUCCAUCUACCUACCCUUUGAGUACCCCGACCCGCCAAGCGAAGUAGUAGAGAGGCUGUUCACGGAGCUGGGAAGCAGAGGCAAUCUCGUCGUUGGAUGUGAUGCUAAAGCUCACCAUUUUCAAUGGGGCAGUAAGGAUACGAACGCAAGAGGUCCAACUAUAGCGAUCCAAUGUUUUAGAUGCUCAGUAACAAGUGGCAUCGAUGUAUUACCUCCAUGCUCCCAUUUUGACGGAUCUCACCAGUUUAUCGUCGAUUGUCCUUAUUCUACUAUGUGCCUAAGGACAGUCUAUACUCUGUACCUGAAUAAUGGAAUUACGCUACAUACAUUUACUUUGGGAUGUGCUCCACAAAGACAAACUCGUCAUGUUCUACGAAACGGAUUUUGGGAAGAGGAAUUUACUGUUGAGGAAAUAUAUCCGCAAGACUGUGUCAAAAAUAAAAACAAUUUGAACUGCUAUUGCCGAGGAAAUUUGUGUAAUUCUGCUAAAAUGUAUUUUAUACAUUCAAAAAUAGAACACAUAAUUAUUUUCGCUCUUCUUACUAAAUUUAUUUAGACUUUCAAUUGAGUGAAAUAUCUAUUGUUAUUUCUAAUUUUGAAAUAAAGUAUUAUAUAAUUGACAAAUCCCGUUUCAUUUAGCCAAUGAAACAGUUUGUUCAUGGUACAAUGAAUACAAGUUAGGAUAAGUUUUUACGAAACUGUGAAAAAUAAA